UGGUGCUGGAGAUUGGACUACUGCUGUUACAGGUUAUUUUUAUGCGAUUAGACUAGAAGGUAGGGAGGACCCAAAGACUUGCAAGGUUAAAUUAUCCGGAAGGUCAAAUCCAAAUAUCUGGAGGAUAAAAAAGGAUUUUUGUGGAUUAAGACGGAUUUAUAGGUAUUAAAGGGAUAAUGAUUGUUUUGAGCGGAUUAAGAUGAAUUUGUUGGUAUCAAGGGGGCUUAAGGGAACUACAUAAGUGAGCAGGCCAACGUAUUCUUGAUCUUGAGUCUAAUUCGACCUUCUGGGUUACCCAUGCUUAUCUAUUUUAUUUUUCAAGAAUUUUUAUUAAGGUUGGGAGCAGGCAGCAAUGAUAAAAAACAAAAUUGGUUUACUCGUCAACAAUCGUUUCCGAAUUAUGCAAAGUAUUGCUUCUGGUUCAUAUGGUGAAAUUUUUGCAGCAGAGGAUUUGCACGGUCCUGGAGUUAAAAAACAAAGAGUUGCUGUUAAAUUUGAUGGAGCUUGUCGUGAUAAUCAUUUGCGCUAUGAGUAUUUGGUUUACAAAUCCGUUCUCUAUGAAGAUGGAAAUGGAAAAGUGGAAGGUUUUCCUCAAGUUUAUUGCUAUGACCACGAAUUUGGACAUAACACAAUUGUAUCACUUGGUGAGCAGAUGAUUCACAGAAUAAGACAUUUACACCAACGGGGAUUUAUCCAUAGAGAUAUUAAACCAGAGAAUUUUUUGAUGGGAUUGCCUCCUGGCAAAGAAAGCACUCUUUAUCUAAUUGACUUUGGUUUGGCGAGAAGAUAUCGAUUUCGUGAAGGUGAAAACAGAACAUUGACUCAUAUUCCUUUUCGACGUGGUCGUAGUUUUAUUGGCACAGCAAAAUAUGCAAGUUUAAACAGUCACAAAAAUAUUGAAUUGAGUCGAAGGGAUGACCUUGAAAGUUUGGCCUAUGUUCUCAUAGAACUUGUUAAUGGGCAUUUACCUUGGAAGAAUAUUUCAAAAAGAAAUGCAACUACAAGACAUCAGGCUAGCCAAAGAAUUAGACAAUUAAAAGAACAAACAAGUUGGGAAGAGUUCUGUCCUUGUUUGGCGAAAUUUAUUCGUUAUUGCCGUGAAAUUCAUUUUGGAGAUGAGCCUAAUUAUGAUAAAUUGCUCGACAUGUUACAAUCAGUUCUAAUCCCGGAAUUGUCUGUGUUUCCUGCUCCUUCUCUUCCAGUUUGCAAAACUGUUGAAUGUUCUACUGGUGAUGUUUCUACUAAAUCUAGCAAUAAGACAUCAACAAAAGCUUUGUGUUGUCUAACACUAAAGACGGCAGAAAAAACGACACAAGUUAAUUUUGGACAGGAGGAUAAUGAUGAUUUUGAAAAACAGACUGCACAACAAUUGGAACAAUUUGAAAAAGAAAAUGAUAGAAGACGAAGUGAUUUUGAUGAAAAGGUUUUGGUUUUGAUUUUCAGUAUUUGA